AUGUGUGGAGACUUUAAUAUCAAUCUCCUUGAAACUUCUUCCAUUAGUAUUAAGUUUAGCUCAUUGUUUAAAUCGUAUAAUCUUGUAAAUUUAUUCUUAGAACCAACACGUAUUGCUGGGCCUAGUGCGACCUGUAUAGAUAACAUUUUUACAGAUGUUAAGCCCUUGCAUAAAUCAAUUAUUCAAAAUUUAAGUUCAGAUCACUGUGGACAGUUAGUAUCACUACCUUACAUACACAAAAAACAGAAAAAUAAGAAAGUUGUGUUUGUUCCAAUAAAUGAACAUCGCUUGGAGAGGUUUAGAAGUAAUAUAAUAAAAAGACUUCCAUCACUUUCGUUUAAAAAUAGUGCUAAUUAUUUGUAUGCUACAUUAUUUGAAAUUAUACGUUGUGAAUUUAGUAGAAUAUUUACUUCUAAAACUUUCUCUUUUAACAGUCGCAAAUCAUUUAAUGAAUGGGCGACAGUAGGAAUUUAUAAAAGUAGGCGAAGGUUAUACGAGCUUUAUGAUGAAAGAUCAUAUAAUAGUAGUGUUAUAUUUAGAGAUUAUGUAAAAACAUAUUCUAAAAUAUUUAAAAAAGUGUGCUCCACUGCUAAGGCUUUACAUUUAAGCAACAAAAUUAAAACUGCAUCCGACAAAAUUAAAAUGACCUGGAGAAUAAUAAAUAGUGAAACGGGCAAGGUCAAACCGCGCAACUCGGUUUUUCAAUUGAAUAUUAACAAUAAUUUAACGCGAUCUGAUCAAGAAGUUGCUAUGGCUUUUGAGAAACAUUUUACUGAUGUUCCUUUUUUGACAACAAAAUCAUUAAAUUCUUCUCCUACUGUCGCCGAAUCAUUGCUCAAACAAAAUGUAAAGGCUUGUUCAAAUACUUUUAAAUUCCAUAGGGUACUGCCAAAAGAUAUCGUUAAAUAUUUUAAAACUAUUGAUGUUAAGAAAACGGCAGACUUAUGGGGGAUUUCCGUUAAAGUUAUUUUAUCUAUAAUAGAUACAUUAGCACCUUAUCUAGCCACUAUAUUUAAUAUAAGCGUCGAAUCUGGUGUGUUUCCUGAUUUAAUGAAACAUAGUAAAGUCAUACCUAUAUUUAAAUCUGGUAGUACAUUAGACCCCGCAAAUUUUAGACCAAUUUCUGUACUACCAACAUUAAGUAAAAUUUUUGAAAAAAUUAUUUUAGAUCAGAUGUUAAGUUUCUUUACUAUUAAUAAAUUGCUACAUAAUAAUCAAUUCGGUUUUACAAGGGGUCGCUCGACAACUGACGCUGGAGUUGAGCUUAUUAAACAUAUUUUUUGUGCAUGGGAGAAUUCAGAGGAUGCUUUGGGUAUAUUUUGUGACCUUUCCAAGGCCUUCGACUGUGUUCACCAUGAGACAUUAAUCAGGAAGCUACAGUACUAUGGUGUCAAGAACACAGCGCUUAAACUUAUUAUUUCAUAUUUAAGUAAUAGAAAACAGAAGGUUAUUAUCAAUGGUAAAAGUUCUUCCGGGUCACCUGUACUAAUGGGUGUACCUCAGGGCUCGAUUCUCGGCCCAUUCCUGUUUCUGGUGUAUAUUAAUGACUUACCUCACCUUGUAGGGGAUAGUCAUGAUAUAGUAUUAUUUGCUGAUGAUACUUCCUUGAUUUUUAAACUUAAACGUCAAUCAUUUAAAUGUGACGAAGUGAAUAAUGCUAUAUCAAAAUUAGUGCAUUGGUUUAACGUUAAUAAUCUGCAUUUGAACGGAAAUAAAACUAAUUGUGUUAAAUUUACAACAACGAAUGUUCAAAAUCUGAACACCAAUGUGUUUUUAAAUGGGGAGGAAUUGAGCCCUGUUGUAUCCACUGUUUUUCUUGGCAUCACUCUUGACGCAAAGCUCCAGUGGGGCCCCCAUAUAUCCAAAUUAGCAAGCAGACUAAGUUCUGCAGCCUAUGCUGUAAAAAAGAUAAGAGGUCUCACUAGUGUCGAGACAGCUAGAUUAGUUUAUUUUAGUUAUUUUCAUAGCAUAAUGUCUUAUGGGAUUUUGCUAUGGGGAAAUGCGGCUGAUUCAGAAACUAUUUUUGUUUUACAGAAGAGGGCCAUUAGAGCUAUUUACAAUCUAAAACCGAGAGAGUCUCUUAGAGAUAAAUUCAAAGAAAUUAAUAUAUUAACUUUGGCCUCUCAGUAUAUUUACGAAAAUUUAAUGUAUGUUCACAAAAACAAAGAUAGUUUUAGUAAAAGAAGUGAUAUACAUUCUGUAAACACUAGGAACAAACACAAGCUAGUGAUACCAGUUUCUCGACUCCACAGAGUCAGUAAUUCAUUCUUGGGGCAAUGUAUACGCUAUUACAACAAGGUCCCGGAAAGUGUACAGGUUCUCUCUAUUACCAAGUUUAAAUGUUUUAUUAAGCUGAAACUGUAUAAAAAGGGUUAUUAUAGUAUAAAUGAAUACAUGGUUGAUAAUAACCCCUGGGAAUGA